CAGAUCACCAGUUUGGAAACCAGUUUAUGUGCAGUGUAGUAGCCUCACAUGUGAGUCAUCUGCCAACAACCAAUCUCAGUUUCGUUUGGAUCGCUCCACCUGCUGGCACAGGCUGUGUCAACUUCAUGGCUACAGCUACUCACAGAGGUCAAGUUAUCUUCAAGGAUGCCUUAGCCCAGCAGUUAUGUGAACAAGGAGCUCCAACAGAGGCCACUCUCCAUCCACAUCUUGCUGAAAUACAUAGUGACAGUGUUAUCUUGCGAGAUGACUUUGACUCUUACCACCAGCUGGAACUGAAUCCAAAUAUAUGGAUUGAAUGUAACAACUGUGAGAUUGGAGAGCAGUGUGGUGUAAUUAUGCAUGGUAACGCUGUGACGUUCUGUGAGCCAUAUGGUCCAAGAGAACUGACAACUGCUGGCCUUAAUACAACAACAGCUUCUGUCCUUCAAUUUUCUAUUGGGUCAGGUUCGUGCCGCUUUAGUUAUUCAGACCCCAGCAUCGUUGUGUCCUAUACCAAGAAUAACACUGCAGAUUGGAUUCAGCUAGAGAAAAUUAGAGCUCCAUCAAAUAUCAGCACUAUCAUUCAUAUCCUCUAUCUUCCUGAAGAUGCCAAAGGAGAGAAUAUUCAGUUUCAAUGGAAACAGGAAUACAUUCAUGAGGGUGAUGUGUAUGAAGCCUGCUGGGCUUUAGAUAAUAUUUUGAUCAUCAAUUCAGCUCACAGACAAAUUAUCUUAGAAGACAAUCUGGAUCCAGUGGAUACUGGCAACUGGCUUUUUUUCCCAGGGGCUACAGUUAAGCAUAGCUGCCAAUCAGAUGGAAACGCCAUUUAUUUUCAUGGAACCGAAGGCAGUGAGUUCAAUUUUGCCACUACCCGGGAUAUAGAUCUUUCUACAGAGGAUAUCCAGGAGCAAUGGUCAGAAGAGUUUGAGGAGCUGCCUACAGGGUGGGAUAUCAUAGGAGCUGUCAUUGGCAAUGAAUGUGGAACUCUAGAAUCAGGUUUAUCUAUGAUCUUCCUAAAAGAAGGAGAGAGAAAAAUAUGUACUCCAUAUAUGGACACAACAGACUAUGGAAAUCUGAGGUUUUAUUUCUCUUUGGGAGGAAUUUGUGACCCUGGAGAAUCCCAUGAAAAUGAUGUCAUUCUCUAUGCAAAAAUUGAAGGACGAAAAGAGCAUAUUACUCUGGACACACUUUCCUAUUCAUCCUACAAGGUUCCAUCUUUGGUUUCUGUCGUCAUCAACCCUGAACUUCAGACUCCUGCCACCAAGUUUUGUCUCAGACAAAAGAAUAACCAGGGAUCCAAUAGAAAUGUCUGGGCAAUAGAUUUUUUCCAUGUUUUGCCUGUUCUACCUUCAACAGUAUCCCAUAUGAUACAAUUUUCCAUCAACCUUGGAUGUGGAACUCAUCAGCCUGGUAACAGUGUCAGCUUAGAAUUUUCAACCAAUCAUGGGCAUUCCUGGUCUCUGCUUCACACUGAAUGUUUACCUGAGAUAUGUGCUGGGCCACAUCUUCCUCAUAGUACUGUCUAUUCUUCUGAUAACUAUAGUGGGUGGAACCGAAUAACUAUCCCCCUCCCUAAUGCAGCGCUAACCAAGGACACCAGGAUUCGCUGGAGACAAAUGGGACCAAUCCUUGGAAACAUGUGGGCGAUUGAUAAUAUUUAUAUCGGUCCAUCGUGCCUCAAAUUCUGCUCUGGAAGAGGACAAUGUACUCGAAAUGGCUGCAAGUGUGACCCUGGAUUUUCAGGUCCAGCUUGUGAAAUGGCAUCCCAAACAUUCCCAAUGUUCAUCUCUGAAAGCUUUGGAAGUUCCAGGCUUUCCUCAUACCACAACUUUUACUCUAUCCGUGGUGCUGAAGUUAGCUUUGGCUGUGGUGUCUUAGCCAGUGGAAAGGCAUUGGUUUUCAACAAAGAUGGGAGGCGUCAGCUCAUUACAUCUUUUCUUGACAGCUCACAGUCCAGGUUUCUCCAGUUCACAUUAAGAUUAGGCAGCAAAUCUGUUUUGAGUACAUGCAAAGCCCCCAACCAGCCUGGUGAAGGCGUUUUAUUGCACUAUUCUUAUGAUAAUGGAAUUACAUGGAAACUACUUGAACAUUAUUCUUAUCUCAACUACCAUGAACCAAGAAUUAUUUCUGUGGAAUUACCAGCUGAUGCUCAACAGUUUGGAAUUCAAUUCAGAUGGUGGCAACCAUAUCACUCCUCUCAGGGAGAAGAUGUAUGGGCUAUUGAUGAGAUCAUCAUGACUUCAGUACUUUUCAACAGUAUUAGUCUUGACUUCACUAAUCUAGUGGAGGUCACUCAGUCUCUGGGAUUCUAUCUGGGAAAUGUUCAACCCUAUUGUGGCCACGACUGGACUCUUUGUUUUACAGGAGACUCCAAACUUGCCUCAAGCAUGCGUUAUGUGGAAACUCAGUCUAUGCAGAUUGGUGCUUCAUAUAUGAUACAGUUCAGUCUGGUGAUGGGAUGUGGUCAGAAAUAUACUCCCUAUAUGGACAAUCAAGUGAAACUGGACUACUCUACCAAUCAUGGUCUUACAUGGCACCUUGUACAAGAGGAAUGCCUUCCAGGAAUGCCUAGCUGUCAAGAAUUUACAUCUGCAAGCAUCUACCAUUCCAGUGAAUUUACACAAUGGAGAAGGAUCACUGUACUUCUUCCUCAGAAAACUUGGUCCAGUGCUACUCGCUUUCGUUGGAGUCAGAGCUAUUACACAACACAAGAUGAAUGGGCUUUAGACAAUAUUUACAUAGGACAGCAAUGUCCAAAUAUGUGCAAUGGACAUGGCUGGUGUGAGCGAGGAAUAUGCAAGUGUGACCAAGGGUAUCAAGGCACUGAAUGUCAGCCAGAAGCUUCCCUUCCAUCUACUAUUAUGUCAGAUUUUGAGAGUCAGAACGGUUGGGAGACUGACUGGCAAGAAGUCAUCGGGGGAGAAAUUGUCAAAGCAGAACAAGGAUGUGGAGUCAUCUCUUCUGGAUCAUCUUUAUAUUUCAGUAAGGCUGGAAAGAGACAACUAGUGAGCUGGGAUAUGGAUACAUCUUGGGUGGAUUUUGUCCAGUUUUACAUCCAGAUUGGUGGAGAAAGCACUGCCUGUAACAAACCAGACAGUAGAGAAGAGGGUGUCUUGCUUCAGUACAGCAAUAAUGGGGGCAUCCAUUGGCAUCUCUUGGCAGAAAUGUACUUCUCUGACUUCAGCAAACCCAGGUUUGUCUAUUUAGAGCUCCCAGCAGCUGCAAAGACACCUUGCACUAGAUUCCGCUGGUGGCAACCAGUUUUUUCAGGGGAAGACUAUGAUCAGUGGGCAAUUGAUGACAUAAUUAUUUUGUCCGAAAAACAAAAGCAGAUCAUCCCCGUUGUCAACCCAACUUUACCUCAGAACUUUUAUGAAAAACCAGCUUUUGAUUACCCCAUGAAUCAGAUGAGCGUGUGGCUGAUGUUGGCUAAUGAAGGAAUGGUUAAAAAUGAAACUUUCUGUUCUGCUACUCCAUCAGCCAUGAUAUUUGGGAAAUCAGAUGGAGAUCGAUUUGCAGUAACUCGGGAUUUAACUCUGAAACCUGGAUAUGUGCUACAGUUCAAGCUGAACAUAGGGUGCACUAAUCAGUUCAGCAGUUCUGCCCCAGUCCUUCUGCAGUAUUCCCAUGAUGCUGGCCUCUUCUGGUCCUUAGUGAAGGAAGGUUGCUAUCCAGCAUCCCCUGGAGGCAAAGGAUGUGAAGGAAGCUCCAGGGAACUGAGUGAACCUACUGUGUAUUAUACUGGGGACUUCGAGGAGUGGACAAGAAUUACGAUUGUUGUUCCAAGAUCUCUUGCAUCCAGCAAAACCAGAUUCCGCUGGAUCCAAGAGAGUAGUUCCCAGAAAAAUGCUCCUCCAUUUGGGCUAGAUGGAGUUUAUAUUUCUGAACCUUGUCCUAGUUACUGCAGCGGCCAUGGGGACUGUGUCUCAGGGGUUUGUUUCUGUGAUUUGGGUUAUACAGCCUCACACGGAACCUGUGUAGCUAAUGUACCUAAUCACAGUGAGAUGUUCGACAGGUUUGAGGGAAAACUCAGCCCUCUCUGGUACAAGAUAACUGGCGGUCAGGUGGGAACAGGCUGUGGAACACUCAGUGAUGGAAAAUCUCUUUACUUCAAUGGGCCUGGAAAGAGAGAAGCAAGAACUGUUCCUCUGGAUACAACAAAUAUCAGACUUGUUCAGUUUUAUAUACAGAUUGGAAGCAAAACUCCUGGUGCCACCUGCAGCAAACCAAGAGCUAGAAAUGAAGGACUUGUAGUUCAAUAUUCAAAUGAUAAUGGAAUACUAUGGCAUUUACUUCGAGAGCUGGACUUCAUGUCUUUUCUAGAACCACAGAUCAUUUCCAUAGAUUUGCCACGAGAGGCCAAGACAUCUGCAACAGCUUUCCGAUGGUGGCAACCCCAACAUGGAAAACACUCAGCACAGUGGGCCUUGGAUGAUGUCCUGAUAGGAAUGAAUGACAGUUCUCAAACCGGUUUUAAAGAUAAAUUUGAUGGUUCUAUAGAUUUACAAGCCAAUUGGUAUAGAAUUCAAGGAGGUCAAGUAGAUAUUGACUGUCUCUCUAUGGAUACUGCUCUGACAUUCAGUGAAAGCAUAGGAAAACCCCGAUAUGCUGAGACCUGGGAUUUUCAUGUGACAGCUUCCACUUUUAUCCAGUUUGAGUUGAACAUGGGCUGCUCCAAACCUUUCAGUGACUCCCAUGGUAUCCAACUCCAGUAUUCCCUAAACAAUGGGAGAGACUGGCACCUUGUCACUGAAGAGUGUGUUCCUCCAACUAUUGGCUGUCUGCAUUACACAGAAAGUUCAAUUUACACCUCGGAAAGAUUCCAGAAUUGGAAGCGAGUCACUGUCUACCUUCCUCUCUCUACUAUCUCUCCCAGGACAAGAUUCAGAUGGAUUCAGUCAAACUAUACACCUGGUGCUGAUUCUUGGGCUAUUGAUAAUGUUGUACUAGCAUCUGGGUGUCCUUGGAUGUGCUCAGGACAUGGAAUCUGUGAAUUGGGACACUGUGUGUGUGAUAGGGGCUUUGGUGGGCCUUACUGUGUUCCUAUUGUUUCCUUGCCCUCUGUUCUUAAAGAUGACUUCAAUGGAAACUUACAUCCUGAUCUUUGGCCUGAAGUGUAUGGUGCAGAGAGAGGAAACCUAAAUGGAGAAACCAUUAAAUCUGGCACUUCGCUCAUCUUUAAAGGGGAAGGACUAAGGAUGCUCAUUUCCAGAGACUUAGAUUGUUCUAAGAGUUUAUAUGUCCAGUUUUCACUUAGAUUUAUUGCAAAAGGUACCCCAGAGAGAUCUCACUCCAUUUUAUUACAGUACUCCAUCAGUGGAGGAAUCAUUUGGCACUUGAUGGAUGAGUUUUACUUCACUCAAACAACUAAUGUCCUCUUUAUUAAUGUUCCCCUGCCAUAUACUGCACAAACUAAUGCCACACGGUUCCGGCUCUGGCAACCCUACAAUAAUGGCAAGAAAGAAGAAAUUUGGAUUGUUGAUGAUUUUAUUAUUGAUGGGAAUACUAUAAACAAUCCUGUGAUCCUUCUGGAUACCUUUGACUUUGGACCUAAAGAAGAUAAUUGGUUUUUCUAUCCUGGUGGUAACAUUGGCCUAUAUUGCCCAUAUUCUUCAAAAGGGGCACCUGAGGAAGAUUCUGCUAUGGUAUUUGUUUCAAACGAAGUUGGGGAGCACUCCAUUACAACUCGGGAUCUGAAUGUAAAUGAGAAUACAAUUAUCCAAUUUGAGAUCAACAUUGGAUGCUCAACUGAUAGCUCAUCUGCUGAUCCUGUAAGGCUGGAAUUUUCAAGGGACUUUGGGGCAACAUGGCACCUGCUACUUCCAUUGUGUUAUAGUAGUAGCAGCCACAUCAGCUCUUUAUGCUCCACUGAACAUCACCCAAGCAGUACCUAUUAUGCUGGUACAACUCAGGGCUGGAGAAGAGAGGUCAUUCACUUUGGGAAGCUGCAUCUCUGUGGAUCUGUACGAUUCAGAUGGUAUCAGGGAUUUUAUCCUGCAAGCUCCCAGCCAGUAACUUGGGCCAUUGAUAAUGUCUAUAUUGGUCCACAAUGUGAGGAGAUGUGUAAUGGACAUGGGAGUUGUAUCAAUGGAACCAAGUGCAUAUGUGAUCCUGGGUACUCAGGUCCAACUUGUAAAAUAAGCACCAAAAACUCAGAUUUUCUCAAGGAUGAUUUUGAAGGUCAGCUGGAGUCUGAUAGAUUCCUGUUAAUGAGUGGUGGAAAGCCAUCUAGGAAAUGUGGAAUACUUUCCAGUGGGAAUAAUCUCUUUUUCAAUGAAGAUGGUUUACGCAUGUUAAUGACUCGUGACUUGGAUUUGUCACAGGCCAGAUUUGUACAGUUCUUCAUGAGACUUGGAUGUGGUAAAGGAGUUCCAGACCCCAGAAGCCAACCUGUGCUGCUACAAUACUCACUCAAUGGAGGCCUUUCCUGGAGCCUUAUGCAAGAAUUUCUGUUCAGUAAUUCCAGCAAUGUCGGCAGGUACAUUGCCCUGGAGAUACCUUUGAAAGCUCGUUCUAGCUCCACUCGUCUUCGAUGGUGGCAACCAUCAGAAACUGGGCACUUCUAUAGCCCGUGGGUUAUUGAUCAGAUUCUUAUUGGGGGAAAUAUUUCUGGUAAUACAGUCUUGGAAGAUGAUUUCACCACCCUGGAUAGUAGAAAAUGGCUACUUCACCCUGGGGGUACAAAGAUGCCAGUGUGUGGCUCCAUGGGAGAUGCACUCGUAUUCAUUGAAAAGGCAAGCACACGUUAUGUAGUCACCACAGAUAUUGCUGUGAAUGAAGAUUCCUUCCUGCAAAUAGACUUUGCAGCUUCUUGCUCUGUUACAGAUUCUUGUUAUGCUAUUGAACUAGAAUAUUCAGUAGACCUUGGAUUGUCAUGGCAUCCAGUGCUAAGAGAUUGCCUGCCUACAAAUGUAGAAUGCAACCGAUACCAUCUCCAGCGAAUUCUUAUAUCGGAUACUUUCAACAAGUGGACCAGAAUUACUAUACCUCUUCCACCUUAUACUAGGUCUCAAGCUACUCGUUUCCGGUGGCAUCAGCCAGCUCCAUUUGACAAGCAGCAAACAUGGGCAAUAGAUAAUGUCUAUAUUGGGGAUGGUUGCAUAGAUAUGUGCAGUGGCCAUGGGAGAUGUGUGCAAGGAAAUUGUGUCUGUGAUGAGCAGUGGAGUGGCUUAUACUGUGAUGAGCCAGAGAUUGUCCUCCCAACACAACUCAAAGACAACUUCAACAGAGCUCCAUCCAACCAGAACUGGUUGACUGUGAAUGGUGGAAAAUUGAGUACUGUGUGUGGAGCUGUGGCUUCUGGGAUGGCUCUUCACUUCAGUGGGGGGUGUAGUCGAAUAUUAGUCACAGUGGACCUGAAUCUCACCAAUGCUGAAUUUAUCCAGUUUUAUUUUAUGUAUGGAUGCUUGAUAUCACCAAAUAACCGGAACCAAGGAGUUCUUCUGGAAUAUUCUGUCAAUGGAGGCAUUACCUGGAACCUUCUAAUGGAAAUUUUUUAUGACCAAUACAGUAAACCUGGGUUUGUGAACCUCCUCCUUCCCCCUGAUGCUAAAGAAACUGCCACCCGCUUCCGCUGGUGGCAGCCUCGGCAUGAUGGCUUAGACCAGAAUGACUGGGCUAUUGAUAAUGUCCUAAUCUCAGGUUCAGCUGACCAGAGAACUGUCAUGUUAGACACUUUCAGCAGUGCUCCUGUGCCCCAGCACGAGCGAUCCCCUGCAGAUGCUGGGCCUGUAGGAAGAAUUGCUUUUGACAUAUUCAUGGAGGACAAAACCACAGUGAAUGAGCACUGGCUAUUCCAUGAUGAUUGUACUGUGGAAAGGUUCUGUGAUUCCCCUGAUGGCGUAAUGAUCUGUGGUAGUCAUGAUGGCAGAGAAACUUAUGCAGUUACUCAUGACUUAACUCCUACUGAAGGCUGGAUAAUGCAGUUCAAGAUUUCUGUGGGAUGUAAAGUAUCUGACAGAAUUGCACAGAAUCAGGUCCAUGUGCAGUAUUCUACUGAUUUUGGAGUGACCUGGAGCUAUCUGGUACCCCAGUGUUUACCUGCUGACCCAAAAUGCUCUGGAAGCAUCUCUCAACCAUCUGUAUUCUUUCCCACAAAAGGAUGGAAACGCAUCACCUACCUUCUUCCUGACAGCUUAGUUGGCAAUCCGGUGAGGUUUAGGUUCUAUCAGAUAUACUCGGAUAUGCAGUGGGCCAUUGACAAUUUCUAUCUGGGACCUGGAUGCUUGGACAACUGCAGGGGCCAUGGUGAUUGCCUGAAAGAACAGUGCAUCUGUGACCCAGGAUACUCUGGCUCAAAUUGCUACUUGACUCACACUCUGAAGACUUUCCUGAAGGAACGUUUUGACAGUGAAGAAAUCAAACCUGACUUAUGGAUGUCACUGGAAGGUGGAAGUACUUGUACAGAGUGUGGGAUUCUUGCAGAAGAUACUGCACUAUAUUUUGGAGGAUCCACUGUGAGACAAGCUAUCACUCAAGAUUUGGAUUUAAGGGGUGCAAAAUUUCUGCAAUACUGGGGACGAAUUGGUAGUGAAAAUAACAUGACCUCUUGUCACCGGCCAACCUGCAGGAAGGAAGGUGUACUAUUGGAUUAUUCUAUUGAUGGAGGGAUUACUUGGACUUUGCUACAUGAGAUGGAUUAUCAGAAGUACAUUUCUGUUAGACAUGACUACAUACUUCUACCAGAACAUGCCCUAACUAAUACAACACGUCUUCGAUGGUGGCAACCUUUUGUAAUCAACAAUGGGAUAGUGGUUUCAGGUGUUGAGCGUGCUCAGUGGGCAUUAGACAACAUAUUGAUUGGGGGAGCAGAAAUCAAUCCCAGUCAAUUGGUGGAUACUUUUGAUGAUGAAGGUAUUUCCCAUGAAGAAAACUGGAGCUUUUACCCUAAUGCAGUCAGAACUGCAGGAUUCUGUGGAAAUCCAUCAUUCCAUCUGUACUGGCCAAAUAAGAAAAAGGACAAGACUCACAACAUCCUCUCCUCCCGGGAGCUUAUCAUACAGCCAGGCUACAUGAUACAGUUUAAAAUUGUAGUGGGAUGUGAAGCCAGUUCUUGUGGUGAUCUCCACUCUGUAAUGUUAGAAUAUACUAAGGAUACAAGAUCUGAUUCCUGGCAGCUUGUCCAGACGCAAUGCCUUCCUUCUUCUUCAAACAGCAUUGGCUGUUCUCCCUUCCAGUUCCAUGAAGCCACAAUCUAUAAUUCUGUAAAUAGCUCCAGUUGGAAGAGGAUAACCAUCCAGUUGCCUGAUCAUAUAUCCUCCAGUGCAACACAGUUUCGUUGGAUCCAGAAAGGAGAAGAGGCUGAAAAGCAAAGCUGGGGAAUCGAUCAUGUCUACAUAGGAGAAGCUUGCCCCAAACUCUGCAGUGGCCAUGGAUACUGUACAACUGGAGCUGUCUGUAUUUGUGAUGAAAGUUUCCAAGGAGAUGACUGCUCUGUUUUCAGUCAUGACCUUCCCAGUUACAUUAAGGACAACUUUGAGUCAGAAAGAGUCACUGAAGUGAAUUGGGAAACCAUACAAGGUGGUGUAAUUGGAAAUGGAUGUGGACAGCUGUCACCCUAUGCCCAUGGAGACUCACUGUACUUUAAUGGAUGUCAGAUAAGGCAAGCUGUUACAAAACCGCUGGAUCUCACCCGAGCAAGCAAAAUAAUGUUUGUUUUACAAAUUGGGAGCACUUCACAGACAGACAGCUGCAAUACCAAUCUGAGUGACCCCAACACCGUGGACAAGGCAGUUUUACUCCAAUAUAGCGUAAAUAAUGGCAUCACUUGGCAAGUCAUAGCACAGCAUCAGCCAAAAGACUUUAUACAGGCCCAAAGAGUGUCCUAUAAUGUACCCCUGGAAGCACGAAUGAAAGGAGUUUUACUUCGUUGGUGGCAGCCACGCCACAAUGGAACAGGUCAUGAUCAGUGGGCUUUGGACCAUGUCGAAGUCGUCCUCACUCGCAAACAAAAUUACAUGAUGAAUUUUUCACGACAACAUGGGCUCAGGCAUUUCUACAACAGAAGACGAAGGUCACUUAGACGAUACCCAUGAAGAAACAAAUUGUUUUAUUUUUUCCUCCCAACAUGUGAUGUGUUGCUUUCCAAUCUCCUAAAACUAGCACUGCAUCUGGUAUCAGGACUUUUCUUCUAAAGGCUUGAUGAAUACCUGAGAGCUUUUCUCCAGACAGAGUGUACACCACUUUUUCACACUGUGAACUAAUGAGAAGUGACUUAUUUUCUCAUAGCUAAAUGUUUUAAUGUUGAUGUGUCUGUGAAAAUUGUGAUCUGUUGUAAUAUCAGUUACAGUGGCAGUAUUGGAAGUAAGCAACUAACUGUUUAACAGGAAAAAAACUUUAAGCACAAAAUUUAAGAGAUUUUAUGUUUUAAAAUGACAUUUAAUACAGUAUUUAACAUUCUUGGUCACAUAGCUAUUUAAGUGAACUGUAUUUCAGCUAUGUAUCAUGUUUUCUAAGAUUAAGUUAUCAUUGUUUGUCCUUUAUGUACUCUCUUCUACAACAUAACACAUUGGCACUGUAUUGACUUGUUAUGUUGUUGUAAUAUUUUGCUGCUGAUUUUUUUUGGGCUACUUACACUCUGAUAUCAUGCAGGAAGUAAACAGAAAUUUAUGAUUGAGAAGACACUUGUAAAAACAUUGCUAUCUCCUUUAAUAUUACUCUUCAAUAUGUCUGUGGGUUAGCGUUGUUUUGUGAAUAAGAAUGACCUAAAUUUUUUUUCUACUAAAGGACUGUGGAUAAAGCACAACUCCUCUCAUCCCACCCCACCCCCAAAAAAUUCCCCAUUUCCUUAACUGAAGGUAAAUACUAUUUUCUGUGGCUGAUUUACUAACAGUAACUGCCAUUUUGUGUUUGUGGUAACAGAGUGAUUUGUAAAACAGUGGAUGUUUUCAUCGUGUUCUCUUUGUGACUUGUUUCUCUUGCGGGUCAUAUUUGUAUCUUCUGAUAAAGUUGUACCUACACCAGCAACAGUAUGAUGGUUGUAUAGCCCUUAAUUGUCUAUUAUCAUAAAUGCAAUUUCACUCUAGGGUGAAAUAAACUAAAGUUCCAUGCUUCAAUAAAGAUUAUGUCAAGAAAA